AUGCCUACCUUCACAGUCUUCAAGGGCAACAAAGACGGCAAAAUCGUCAAAGCCCAAACCACCAAGCCAGACCUGCAAGACGACCAAGUCCUCAUCAAGAUUACCGCCUCCGGUCUCUGCGGCACAGACGAGCACUAUAAGUCCGCUGACAUCGUUCUCGGGCACGAAGGUGCCGGUGUCGUGGAGGACCUUGGCCCUAAUGUCAGGUUUCUGAAGAAGGGCGAUCGCGUGGGAUGGGGCUACCAGCAUGACUCAUGCGGGCACUGCGAGUGGUGCCUUACCGGAAAGGAGCAUUACUGCCCGGAGCGCGAAUUCUAUGGCGAGGCCAACCUGGAUCAGGGUAGCUUGGCGUCGCACACUGUCUGGAAAGAGUCGUUUCUCUUUAAGCUGCCACACAACAUGUCGGAUGAGGAGGCGGCUCCGCUCAUGUGUGGAGGUGCAACUGUCUUCACAGCCCUUCAUUCCUUCGGCAUCAAAUCCACGGAUCGUGUCGGUAUUAUGGGCGUCGGCGGCUUGGGGCACUUGGCGAUUCAAUUUGCCGCCAGGAUGGGGUGCGAUGUCGUUGUCUUCUCGGGAAGCGAUAGCAAGAAAGAGGAGGCGAAGCAACUUGGCGCGAAGGAGUUUGUCGCGAUGAAGGGCAAGAAGGAGUUGGAUAUUGGACGGAAGCUGGAUGCGCUCAUCGUCACUACCAGUGCGAACCCUGACUGGUCUGUCAUGCUUCCAAUUUUGGCUCCCACGAGCACUAUCUUUCCGCUCACGGUCUCGUUCGGCGACUUUUCCAUCCCGCAUCUCCCAUUCAUCCAGAGUGGCAUCACUAUCCAAGGCACAGUCGUUGCUGCAAGAGCCGUUCACCAGCACAUGCUCGACUUCGCGGCGCUGCAUGGCAUCAAGCCCGUCAUCAUGAAGUUCCCUAUGACUGAGCAGGGUAUCACAGAGGCGAUGAAUACCCUUCGUGACGGAAAGAUGAGGUACCGCGGUGUGUUGAUCCCGCAAAUCUAAGAGCUGCGACGUUGUGGUGUUGAGGGAGGGAGGAGUUCCAUACGAGUGGUUUUUUUGAACGAGGCAGUGGUCAUGGGUAUGUGUGAUAUUUUCGGUGGGCGCGAGGUACUGAGCGGAGAACGUGCGUAUUCAGACGCAUUGUAAACUACCUCAACGGAAUCAAGUUCCUGGUCCGGACUCACUAGGUGCCCGCCCCAAGUUUUGA